AUGCCGAAAGCUCUCAUCUUGGUCGCGGAUGGAUCCGAGGAGAUCGAAUUCGUGACGCCUUACGACGUUCUAACCCGCGCGGGCUUCGAGGUGAAAUCCGCUGGUGUAGAGCUCAAGAAUGAAGGCUAUGCACACAUGUCCCGCAAUAUCCGUAUCGUACCAGACUACCGAAGAGUCACCGAUCUGCUAAAUCAGACGGCACAUAAGGCGUAUGAACAUUACGAUAUCCUAAUCCUCCCUGGCGGCGCACCCGGCGCUAAAACCUUCUGCCAAAACUAUCACGUCCUCAAACUCAUUUGGGACUUCCGUCGCCACGGGAAAUGGGUUGCUGCCAUUUGCGCAGCAACGACGGCGGUUGUUACUUCGGAGAAUGCUGCUAUGGAAAAGACAGUGGAUGAGGGGAAGAGGAAAGUCACGAGCCACCCUAGUGUGAGGGAGGAGGUCGAGAAGGCGGGGUGGGAGUACAGCGAGGAGAGGGUAGUGGUUGAUGGCAUGGUUAUCACGAGUCGAGGGCCGGGGACUGCGAUGCUUUUUGCGCUUACGAUCGUGGAGGUGAUGUGUGGGAAGGACAAGAGGGAGGAGGUGGAGGGGCCGAUGGUUUGUGCUGAGACGCUGUAG